GAUUUUGUUAUGAUCUCGGCAGUCGCUUGACGUAUCUCGAAACUAUAUGAAGGCAUACGAGGCGUGCACAGCUGAAGAGUUGAGGUAAGGUUAUUCUGUACGACAGCAACAUCUGCUAGUCACCAGGUUGCAAUCGCUCAAAGCCAAAAUGUUGUCGUUUUUGAAGAAGCGCAUCGAAGCUAAUCAAGGAAUCAGUAUUAGCAAGCUGCCAGGCCACAUGUCAUCACUGCCUCCUGACAUACAGGUCAAGCAUGGCUGGAAUGAGCAGGCCAUUCGGAAAUUCAUAGAAAAACAUCCGGGAGUGUUUCUGAUUGACAAUUCUGGUCGAGUCUUCUUGCGGCCCUCGCCAAAAACAACUGCACCUCUGGAGGUUGCAACAGAUGACGUCACAACCCUGUGCGGCGUGUCGGGAAAAGUUCUGCGCAUAUUUCCGAACUUUGGGUUUGUAACAGUCGAACAACCCUUCAAGACAACCGUGUAUUUUGACGUCAAAUGUUUUGAAGACAAUCGGCACACCACUCUGACAUCUGCCGGCUUGAGCGAAGGUGACUGUGUGAUCCUCGACGCAACCAAGUCGGUCGGGCACAAGGCCUCCUUCAAGGCGACCCGCAUGGAACGCAUAGAAAAGGCCGUCGCUUCCGCGUCGAAGCUGACAAAAGAGCCCUCUGCAGAAGGGGACGACCGGCUCUACAACCAAUCCGGCAUUAUACACACGGUAAAGCCGGACUUCGGCUUUAUUACGUUCGGCCCGAAGAAGAAGAGCUGCGCGUUCUUUCACAGCAGCGUCGUGGACAAGGCGCUCACCACAGGUAGCCGGAACUUAGCCGACAUACUCACGACAAACGACCGGGUCUGUUUCGACGCGAAACCAGAUAGCAAAGGCAGCAAGUGGGUCAAGUGGAAAGCCACCAGGGUUUGGUGUGCCCCCCCGGAAACGGACGGCGCCGCCCGCUCGGAAAAUGACAGCGGAGACGAAGUCUUCAUGUCCGAAGAUGAAGCUGACAUGGAGAGUAUUCUCAACGAUGACAGUGAUUCAGAAUCGUCUAACGUCGAUGUAGGGGAUUACCCCGUGGGAUUUCCAGACUGGGAAUGCAACACUCCAAGGAAUCCACUACAUCCAGGUGAUGAGUCCUCCGCAGAGAAGUCUGUAUCGUGGUCCUCGCGUCGGACGCUCUCGGGGAUCAAGGGAAUCUUCUUCAAGCAGUCCGACAACGUUGGAUGCAUCUGCUCCGUGGACGGGAUGGCUACCGCACGCGCAGUAAUCUCCACCGUGUACCACGCGGGCAGGCAGAUCAAGUCGUUCGACGAGCUGCCUUGGAGCUCGGACGUCAAAGAAGGGGUGGAGGUGUUCUUCGACGCCGUCGAAGACGGCGACAAGUGGCUUGCCACGCUCGUGUGGUCCGGCAACCGGCCGCCCAAGCUCCCUGUGAAGUGUAGCGAAUUCACGUUCAACGCUGUGCGUGCCGCGGCAAAGGACGAGAGGCGCGCGGAGGAUGAGCUUGGUGUGCCGCGUCGGGAGGCGGCACAGUCCGUCGCGGAGCCGUCGAUUGAGAUCUUCCCGGACAGACGGGGAGUUGUCGUUUCGGUAGCCCCACGUGUGGCGUGGUGCGAAGUGAAGGAAGACUCUGGCUCCAGGAGGCUUAAGUUCACUUCUCUCUACCGAGACGGUGCUGUCCACAAGUGGACCGUCUGGACGAGAUUCUGCGAAGCAGACGACGUGGUCUCGGUCGACUACAUGGUUGGCACAAGCCACGACAAAGAAGAGGCACGCUGUUCACUCGUGUGGCAGGGGAAGAGGCCCCUGGAUGCCGCUUCCUUGAGCCCCGAAGACUUCGUCAAGCUUCUCUGUGCGAGAGCAGCUGAACGUGGUAGCUCAAGCAGUAGCCCUCAGCAGCCUUUGUCUGACCCCGAUGUCGUGUUGGAUGUGAGCCAGCACAACGGUAGCCGCUCGCUUUUGGCAAAUGCCUUCGCAGAACAGAUGUUGGACAUACCGGUCUGUAAACAAGCCGUCGCUGUCCAGCAACCGCGGAGAGCCUCCACGGCGAAGCAGACUGGCGCGCACACCGUUUUAAAUGCCAACACGGACAUGCAACGGGUUUCCGCACCAACGGCUCGCACCGCGGAGGAGCCUUCCAUCUCCAUCUAUCCCAGCGUGAGGGGAACAGUCGUUGGACUCCUAGACUGCAUUGCCACGAUCAAGGUCCAAGAGGCUGAAGGUGUGCGCGAGAUAGUCUUCACAAGCGGCUACUUCUACAAGGACGGGAAGGUUGUCCUCGAAGAUCUCAACGAGGUCCUGCACGAGGGAGACGAGGUGAACCUCAACUACAUGGUUGCAAGGAUGCCUCACAAGGACGUCGUCCACUGCGACCUUGUCUGGCAGGGACGAAUGCCGGGAAAUGCGGACUGCCUGAGCCCCGAGGUGUUCGCGAAGAGUCUGGGCAUCAAGGCGGCUUCCGGGGGUGUCAGGGCCUCCGUCAACAACCUGUGCAGGAGCCAGCAGCAAAGCAUUCUGCCGGAGAGUGUGUCAGUGAACCACAUCGGUUCUUCCACGUCCAUGAACCACGUUGGUACCUCCGCGGCACCCCAAAUUGCACCCGCAGAACCACGCCCCGCCGCGAUGAACUCUGCUAUGCAACGAGGAAUCGACGUGGCCAGUCCAACCCAAACCACUGCCGUUCCUUUGUCAGAGCAACACGUCGAGCAGCUCGCGGAGGAACCUCAAGCAAACUCCACGAGACCAGGCUCGAACGAAUCGUGCGAGGGACCGGACAACACUGCGGAUUGCAUUCCGCCUGCGCCUAGCGAGGAGACCUUGCUUCGGCUCGCAAGGAUGGUGGUUCUAGAGCUCAAGGCCGAGUUCUUGGACGAAGUACGGAAGUACGUGGAGGCGUCUAUGCAGCGUUCGAGGAUCCUGGUUCGCGACGCCGAGUCUCAGACGAACGCGGACCGUCCGCGCACGGACUCCGCGGGAGAGAGCACUCCUCCAUUCUUCAGCCCGUGUAGCACUCCGACACGGGAAUUGGACGCGACCGACUCGCUGCCGUCUAGGGCAGAGUCAGUUCCCCGCCAGCCGAAUUUCUCAGCCACUGCGCCUGAAGACGCUGUUGCCACACAGCCACCGGAGUUGCAAAAAGCGUUGCCCACCUAUAAAACUGUCGUUAGUGCUUCGUGUGAACCGGACGACAAUGGCGGAUCACAGAGACUAGCGCGAGUUCGUAGCCAGAGUGGACCAGAUACAGUCAAGACUUCCGAUGUCAAGCUGUCUGAAGCUCAGCCUAGCGACUCUGUUCCUUUCAAGCCGUUGGCGCAAGAUAAAGUUAUGCACACUAUUAACACUGCUUCCGGCACUUCGUGCGAACAAGAUCCCCAAAGCAAACUACAGCUAUCUGCUCAAGUUCUAAGCGGAAGAAUUGCAGAUGCAGUCGCGAGUUCAGAUGAAACUGCUGAUAUCGGUAGCACUGCUUCGCACCCAAUCGAGGGCUUAGUCAUGCGUGCUAACUAUAUAGAAGAACUGGCCGCACAUAUAAUUUCCAAGGCUUUAGCAGCGUCAGAUAAGCCGUGUGCAACAAGCGAGCGGCCGCACCUGUCAGAAGCAGCAGCCGAGGGCAUUUCGAGUGCUGCUGAAUGCCACAGUUCACUGCCUCAGAGUGGCAGUUUAGACAGGUUGCAGACCGAAGACAAUCCGGAGGAAGCUGCUGUUGACGUUUCAAAGCCGGUGAACGAGAUUGAGGAAACUUCAUCAAAGAGGCUAAAUGACUCCGCAGAUAGUAUUGUGCUUCAGGGAGUGACUGACGGUGAGGGUGACAACCUUCACACUGACAUGGUUGUUUCGCAGGCAACCGAAAAUGAUAUAUCGGUUGAAGCGCCAGGCCCAGUAGGCGGCGUGGUUCUGCAGGAAACUGCCAAAAAUGAGCUGCCAGACUCUUCAGAAAUGGCGCACAAAGCCCUCGUGGAAGCCUUACAGCCAACAGCCGAGACUGAUGUACCGGGCACAUUCGAAAUGCUGCGUGAAGCCGUCGUAGAUGUUACUAGUCCUCAGCAGACUGCCGAAGGAGCAUCAGACAUGUCGAAAAAGACCGACGGUUCAGCUGCAAGUGUCGUCAUUCCGCCGCCUACAGGUGAAGCAAUUCCAUUGGCUGCCAGCAACUCGGAUGUUCAGCCAGCAUCUAGCUUCCCCGCACCAAUAGAGAAUGACAGCGCCUCACCGUCGGUACUGCCCGAUACGACGGAAUUUCAGGGUGCCGAUUCAACGCAGAAGUCUGAAGCACGACUAGACGGAUGUGAUUCGAAGGCAUCGGAUCUGUGAUAAGUGCGUGCUCUAAGCAACGAUUCCCUAUGCAUCAGUCACUUGGAUAAAUGCACGCGUAAAGUGCGUUGCUGCAGCCAUUAGGAUUCGUGCAUAUGCAGACCAACAACGACACGUUGAAGUGAAUCUUCUUAAAAACUGAACAAGUGCAGCUCUCGCGUGCUGCUAAUGACAAGCUCGCAUAUGCCACGACGUCCAGUGGAUAAAAUUGUCAGACCGACUAGCAUAUAGAAGUGCAUUGAUAUAAUGAAAAGACUCCCGACACUGUGCAGUCAGAAAAAAAGCCUUUGCUGUUGCUAGCUGUGUCAUAUUUAUGUAUCGUUUAUUUUUGCGUUUUUUUUCUUCAUAUAAAUGCUGUGAUU